AUGGAGUACGAAUACAAAUCUUAUGACGAUUUAAAGCAAGACUUCUUGGCUGAAAUGGACUUCAUCGGUAAAAUUGGUAUCAAAAUGUUCAUUUAUCCUUUCAUUGGUCGAUCCAGAAUGAUUACAUACUGUUUCUAUAUCACCUACGGUCUCUUGUUCCUCACAUCAGCUCAACUAAUCGUCAGUCUCUGCAUUAUUUGUGUAAAGAACUUUGAUUGGUUUGAGAUCAUCAACGUCGCCCCUAACAUCGGAGUUUGCCUUAUGAUCCUAAUCAAGUACAAGAAAAUCAAUGACAACAAAGAGAUUUACGAUGAAAUCUUUAAACAUUUCCGAUUCGACUUAUGGGAAGCAGUUUUUGAUACCGAAAAACACAAGAAGAUUCUGAAUCGGUACACGCAGACUACAAGGUUGAUCGUGCGAUUUGAAUUCUAUUACACUAUUGGUCUUGCUAUAAUAGUCGUUUUAUUUCCAAGGAUCAUUAUGAUAUACCAGAAUGAUAUUCUUGGGAAGGAGAAACAGUACUUAUAUCCAUUCGAGGGCUGGUAUCCUUUUGACAAGAUCGAAUGGUACAACGCUGCGUACAUAUGGGAGAGUUUUAUGACCACAGUUGUUAUCUUCAUUUACUUCUUUGUCAAUAUGCUUCAUGUUUCUUUUACUCGAUACAUUUGCCUGGAAUUGAAAAUCCUUGGCAGUACCAUGGAAGACCUUAUUAAUCAUGAUGAUGUUGUCAAAAUUAAGAAAGGCCGAGAACUUGCUAGAGUUCAUAAGAAUAUUAGCAACAAAUUAAAAUUUAUCAUCAGUAAGCAUCAGUUUUUGGCUAGAAUUACGUCUGAUUUAGAUAAAGUACUGGGUGAUGGAAUGUUUCUAACAUAUAUGUUUGGAUCUGUAUUCAUCUGUUUAACGGCAUUUACGGCUACAGUUGUAGAUGACCUGUACAAAUCUAUGCGAUACUUUUCUUUCUUCUGUUCUCUGCUUUUGGAAGUAUUCUUCCAAUGUAUUAUAGGACAACUUCUUAUUGAUCAUAGUGACAAACUGGAGAAAGCAAUAUAUUUUGCUGACUGGGUGUAUGCUGAUAAUGCGACGAAGAAAAUGUUGUUAAUUUUCUUGAUACGUUCUCAAAAACCUUUUGAAUUCAGCGCCAAAGGGUACUUGACUAUGAAUCUGGAUACUUUCAGUGGGAUCUGCAGCCUGUCCUACCAGUUUUUCAAUUUACUACGCACUGCAUAUUCAGAAUAA